AUGUCCUCCAAGAUCCACCAGACCCAGGUCUUUGACCACCUCCCUCUCCUCUCCUACCACCUCCUAUCCACCUUGAUCAUCUUCUCUCUCGCCAUCUAUGUCCUCCCAGCUCUGACCCGUCGUCUUCUUCACUUCCUCUCCUCUCCAAACUCCUUCCAUGAAAAGUCUUACACCCAUGGCGCCCCAUCCAUCUCCAACCUCCCUCGUCUAUCCGGUGUAGUCCCCUGGCUGGGCCAUCUCUUUGGCCUAACCAUCGACAGCACCCGGUACAUCAACCGUCUCAUCGCAUCAACGACUGCACCGAUCUUCACCAUCAACAUCCCCUUUGCCCGCAUCACCGUGUGUCAUCCUAGCAUGGAUCGAGUCCUCUCGCGCCAUGUUAGCGAUACAGGUCUUGCCCAAGUACUCGUCUACGUUGGGCCUCGCCUCUUUGGUCUGAAGGAGGAUACUAUUAAGGCUGUCUUUGAGUACAACCCACAACCCCUACACAAGCAGAAGUUUGGCCACGCGGAGAACAUCGUUUCUUUGAACCAGCGCUCUAGCAAAAACAUCUCAGAUCGGGUCAGGGACAUGGCUGAUGUGAAUGAAGUUCUUAUUGGACGCUGGGUAUUUGAAAUGACAGUUUCUGCUACGGCGAGUGCAGUCUGGGGAGUGGCUAACCCCUGGAGCAUGGAUCAGGAGUUUUCCAACGAAUUCAUGAAACUUAGCGAGACGUUCGAUACACUCGGAAGACCAUUUGCGUGGCUCACAGCCCAAUCGGCCUGGAAAUCUCGCAAGUUCUGCCUCACCAGACUCCGAGAAUUCCACCUUCAACACCGCGAAGCCCGAGUACAAACCACCGCUCACAGCAUCAACGUGAUAGCCCACAGCGACCCCAACUGGGAGACCAACCCAGACUACUAUCAUAUCGAGAUGGUCUCAGCGCUGGGCCUCCUUGGCACGACAAGCACCCUUGCUGUCUGGCUUACACGCCAUCUCCUGACAGAUCCUGAGUUAGUUCGGGUUAUUCUCAAGGAGGUGCAGCAUCUCAAGCACGUCGAGGGAGAGGAAAGGCUCCGUCUUGACUUUGCCAAUGUUAGAGCUGAGUGUCCUUGGCUAAUGGCGUCUUGGUACGAGACUCUCCGUCUUCACAUGACAGGCGUAGCAAGGAUCGCGCGUCACGAUUUCAUGCUCAACUUGCCCGACUCGGAACCCAUCGCCGUGCCCCAGGGCGAGAUCUUCAUGCUACCAAUGUGUGCAUCCAACCUAGACGUCGAGAACUGGGGACCCGAUGCCGCAAUCUUCAAAGCCUCUCGCUUCAUCGACAAAGCAGGCGAAGUCUCGGGUAGCGCCGUGCGCAAUGUCAGAGCUUUUGGAGUAGCAGGCAACAUGUGUCCUGGGCGAGUGUUUGGCACUGACAUUAUCUUCUCUGUGAUUGCGACCAUGCUUCGUACUUUUGACAUUGAGGCUGCUCCUGGUGAGAAGUUUAGGGUACCUACUCUGCGCGGAGGGUUCAAUGUUGGGUUUGAGAGGUAUGGGGAUGAUGUCAGAGUUUUGCUCAAGAGGAAGGGUGUUGCAUAG